AUGGCAAGGUACUAUAACACCGAUGAGGUAUUGGAAAUGGUCCUGGACCGUGAGUCCCAGGAUAGCUACUCAUCCUCCUCCUCCGAGGAUUCUGGAGAUGAGGACACGGAUUAUUCUGUGGGAAAAGAGCAGCCGGAGUCCAGUUCCCAUGAAGAAAGUUCAGACGACGAGAGCGAAGGGGAGAUGGAGACGGAGGACGCAGCAUCGGGAUGGAAUUCAAAGAGCGGAAAAAUCAUUUGGUCCCCCACAAAUUCGGAGACCCUCCGCUAUGUUCCAGCGCCUACAAAUAUCACCCCAGGACCGACACACUACGCCGCCGCCCGAAUCAGGGACCCGGCAUCCAGCUUUUCACUCUUCCUUACGGAUGAAAUUGUGCUGCACACCGUGGCCAUGACCAAUCUGCACGGGGGACGCGAAGUGGCCGACUGGCGAGAAAUGGACUGUGAUGAAUUUCGAGCGUAUGUGGGGUUGCUAAUUUUGGCCGGCGUCUACCGAUCGAGAAAUGAAUCGUCACUCAGCCUCUGGGGAGAAAAAUACGGACGGGACAUUUUCCGGGCCACCAUGUCCCACAAGCGUUUCCACCAAAUCGGCGGGGCGCUCCGUUUCGACGAUAAGCUUUCCCGACCCCGUGAGGACAAGCUGGCCGCCUUCCGCAAAGUGUGGGAUUUGUGGACGCAUCGUCUGGAGCUACUGUUCAGCCCAGACAGAGACAUUUGCGUGGAUGAGCAGCUGGUCCCGUACCGAGGACGGUGCAAUUUCAAGCAAUAUAUCCCAGGCAAGCCUGCAAAGUACGGUCUGAAAGUGUGGGCCGUAUGCGAUGUCAAAACCUCCUACGCCUGGAGACUCCAGGUAUACACCGGCAAAGCUGGCGAUCAAGAGCUGCUGAGGAGGAAACUGGCCCUGGUGGGCACGACCAGGAAAAACAAGACGGAGCUUCCACCUCAAUUGCUCCAAACAAGAGGAAGAGCGAUCUUCUCCUCCGCCUUCACUCUCACGCACACUAUCGUCUCCUACAUCCCCCGACGCCGCAAGAACGUGAGCACAAAACACCGCACGCCCGAUGUGAGCGAGGGACAGAAGCGAAAGCCCGUAAUCAUUCAAGAUUACAAUAGGUGCAAAGGAGGUGUGGACAACCUUGACAAGGUUGUUGGAACCUAUUCCUGUAGGAGGAGAACAAAUCGUUGGCCAGUGGCCCUCUUUCACAACCUGCUGGAUGUGUCACUCUACAAUUCCUUCGUGGUGUGGACAGCGAUUGACCCAUCCUGGAAACAGCAUAAAAGAUACAGGAGGAGGUUAUAUAUUGAAGAGGUGGCCGAAGCUUUGAUUAACCCACACAUAUUGAAGCGAGGACGCCUUCCCCGCUCCUCAGGUGCUGCAGACGUUGUGAUGAGUGCGCAGAGUGCCGCUGCAGGCCCUACCACCGCGGGACCUAACACGAAGGACAGGAGACUGUGCGAGUUCUGCACUGACAAAAGGAGGCGCACUUGCAGCACCUGCUGCAAAUGCGAAAAGCCCGCAUGUAAGGACCAUAGUCUGUCCAUUUGCAGCCUCUGCUUCAACUGA